UGACAUCUCGCUGAACCACUACUGGAUGUGGCGUCGACGAAGCACUACACCUAGCUUGCUCGCCGGCGCGCGCGUGUGUGCUUUGAUGCGCGUCACUUCGUCGAGCUGGCUGGACCGCGACAAUCACCGGAGCCGGAGCUGGAGGAGGCGACGAGAUGCUAUUGCUGCGGCUGCGUCCUCGGAGGCAGCAGCUGCCCCUCGCCGACCUCGCCAACCUCCGGUGUCCGCCAUGUGCUCUGCGUAGGACCCCUUCUACAUCGUCCAGGAGGAGAUCCAGGGCUGGAUUCUUAAUCUCGGCUGAUUCCAGAUUCUUCCAAGUGCUAGCUAGCUCCAAAAGCAAAUCGUCUUCAUUUGGAAGAUGCAACAUUCUACCAGAAUCCAUUCUCCUGCUCUUUUUCUUGUACUGUAUGUCAUCCAUUGUUCAACCCUGUUGGCUGCUGGUGGAUGUGGUGGUGAUCCUCCUGUUAGGAGGUAGAGGAUGUGAGCUGAGCUGCUGUCUGGUCGAGGAAGAAAGUCGCUGUCUUUACUAGUGAAACAAAUUGCUGCGGCAGCCAUGCUUGUGAGCUUAUGAUGUGCCUCUAGUUUAGUUUGUCGGUUUAUGUGAAUCGUUCUCUAUGAUGUAUGAUGUAUUGCUGCUGUUAGCUGUAAAUGUGAUGUAUGAUGAGUUGACUUGAU